UCCAAAUAUUCCACUCUUUUUGUCUUAAAUCAUCACCAUGAAUCACCAAAAAAUACUCACAAAGUUUCUUCCAAAUCUACUUAUACUAGUCACUAUCCUACUCCUUUCAACAAAAUGGACCAUAGCACAAGAAGUUGAGGAUGAGAGAGAAUUCGAUUACAUAAAAGGGAGCAAAAAGGGUCCUUCACGUUGGGGAGAACUGAAGAAGGAAUGGGCAUCAUGUAAGAAUGGAAAAAUGCAAUCUCCAAUUGAUUUGGCAAACCAUAGAGUGAAGAUAGUUCGAAAGUUAGGAAAAGUAAAGAAGAAUUAUAAGUCUCAAAAUGCUACAAUAAAAAAUCGAGGUCAUGAUAUUCAGUUGAAAUGGGAGGGAGAUGCAGGAUCACUAAAUAUUAAUGGGACAAAAUUUUUUCUACAUCAAGCUCAUUGGCAUUCACCUUCCGAACAUACGAUUAAUAGAAGAAGGUAUGCCAUGGAGGUACACAUGGUUCAUGAAAGCUCAAAAAUAAAUGGGAAGAGCAAGAUAGCUGUUGUUGGGCUUUUAUAUAAAAUUGGCCGCCCAGAUCCUCUUUUGACCAAGUUGUCAAAAUACCUAAAAGCCAUGGUGGAUACUGAAGCAGAAAGGAAUAUUGGAGUGAUUAAUCCCUUCAGAAUCAAGUUUCGUGGAAAGAGAUAUUACAGAUACAUUGGCUCUCUUACUGUCCCUCCUUGCACUGAAGAUGUCAUUUGGACUAUUGAUAAAAAGAUAAGAAGUGUGUCAAGAAGACAAAUGAAAUUAUUUAGAGAGGCAGUCCAUGAUCAUGCAGAGAGGAAUGCCAGGCCAAUACAACUCCUAAAUAAAAGAGAGAUUCAUUUCUAUGGACCUUAAGCAAGAGAGUGAUUUAGCAACCCAUUAUAUUUUUUGUUAAGCUUGUCUUAUGAUGUUUCUAGCAUGGUGUCUUAUUAGAUAUCAUUUUUCUAAAUUAUUUUCCAUUGUAAUGUUGUUUUGAUUAGAAUAAUAUAUAUGAGUGUUGGAAUUAAAUCAGUAAUGAUUGUAUUUGUAAAAGUAUAUAAUUGUUAUCCUAUUGGUGUAGAACCACUAAAACUCAGACUAUUUGGGAAUAAUUUUCUUCCUCCUGUUUCCUAUG